GACACCGUCUACGCCCUCAAUCGCGGCGACCUAGCCAAGGAGCGUGAGCGGCUCGAGUACAACCACAGGAACAUCUUCCUCUCUCUUUGCGUUGGACUCUGUCCCCAGCAAAUCUUGACACAUCUCAAGAAGCAGCAGAACCCUCGCGUUGCAGGGAUCGCCACCGGCACU